CCCCCCCCCGCGCCGCUCCGCGCCGCGCCCCCUCCCCUUCGCCCCCAUGGCCACCAAAAUCGACAAGGAGGCGUGCAGGGAGGCGUACAACCUCGUCAGGGACGAUGCCACCGAGGUGAACUGGGUGACGUUUAAGUACAAUGGCUCUACAAUCGUCCCUGGAGACCAAGGGGUAGACUACGAAACCUUUAAAAGGAAGUGCACAGAUGACGUGCGAUUGUUCGGCUUUGUCCGAUUCACCACCGGCGAUGCCAUGAGCAAGAGAGUCAAGUUUGCCCUCAUCACCUGGAUUGGAGAGGAUGUCAGCGGCCUGCAGAGAGCCAAAACUGGGACUGACAAGACUCUGGUCAAGGAAGUAGUACAGAACUUUGCCAAAGAAUUUGUGAUCAGUGACCACAAAGAGCUGGACGAGGAUUACAUCAAGAACGAGCUGAAGAAAGCAGGGGGGGCUAAUUAUGAUGCACAGACUGAGUAAAGGCAGGAACCUCCUGGCACCAUCACCUGGAUCUCAAAGGGAGGGCAAAGGCACAACAAACUAA